AUGGCGAGAUGGGAUACGGUGAAUCCACGCGGAUGGGCCUGGCUGCUCUCCGUUUUAUUUACGGUUGAAGAUCAUCUAACUAAUGUCUUUGAUGACCGUCUCACUACGUUGAAAUCCUUUUGGUUGCUGAGGGAGGAAACCACUUACAAGGCCCUUCGUGUAGGGUUAUCUAAAACUUUUAAUCUUAUUUAUAGCAAGGAUGUUCAAGUGGAUGAUAAAAACAGAACCACGCCACACUGUGGCAAUGUCUUUUCUUCCCUUCUAUGGUUUCUUAAUCUCCUGUUGCCGAUCGUGCCCAUUUGCCUCUUCCACAGCAGCCACAAAAAGGCUUAUAGGGGAACCGACAUCAAGGUUACAUUUAUAUUAUUGUACAUCACAUACUUUUUGGAGAUUUUGUCCUUUUUUACGAAUGCACUGCUUUUAGAGGAGUGGUCAGACGGGGUUGUCCAACGUAGUCUUGUAGGAUUGCUAGCUUGGAACAGAAGGCACAAAAGACCAAAAUUCUUUCAAUGCAAAGGUUUGCUUGACACAUAUUUUGGCUUCAAGCCAUGUCGCUCGUCCAAAGAUAUUACAAUGUUGGUUCGUGAACAUGUUAUGGCUGGAUGGAUGAGUCAUAUGACAGAUAUCGAGAGUUAUUGGAGGUUCAGCGACAGCCAAGGCCAGUGGGCACUUGAGCGCAAUGGCGGUGAAGAAAUCCUUGGGUGGAGUAUAGAGAAGCCAUUCGACGAGAGCAUCAUUCUCUGGCAUGUGGCCACAGAAUUUUUCUUCCAUAUGAAGGGCACGUCUCAUGAUUUUGAAUGUGCGAGGAUGUGUAGACAAAUCUCCAACUACAUGAUGCAUCUAUUGUUUGCUAAUCCUGAGAUGUUGUUGCCUGGCAGCAGAAGGAAUUUGUUUACAGAUGCUUAUGAUGAACUCGAGGCCAUCCUCCAAGGUGAUGAUCUAUCACUGCUGGACGAAAGAGGACUUACACUAAGGAUAAUUAACAAGGCAGAGUUACCAGAAGGUUUUCUUCGAGACUCAUGGGUUCUUGCUCAAGAGUUGAUGCAAUUAGGGGUGCAUGCCAAGAGCCUGGGCUCCGGUGGGGAGUCCCUGUCCAUCGUCUCGCUCCUGAUGUCGCAUGCAGUACUGGAGACAUAUGCGGAGAGGCAACAGAGAUUGCAGCUUCGGCUUCCCAAAGAGGAGAGAGUGAAUAUUGCAAAACAAAGAAUACAAGGAGCUGCAAAGAACCAAGCUACUGGUGGCUCGUCGACUCCCCAAGGCAUGAUGUGGGAAGUAAUCAAAGAUGUAUGCAUCGAGAUGCUCUGUUUUUCUGCUGGUAGAUGCAGGGGUUACCUGCAUGCCAAAAGCCUUGGAUCUGGUGGGGAGUUCCUCUCCUACAUAUCACUCCUAAUGUCGCACGCAGGACUGGAGACGUAUGCAGAGAGGCAACAGAGGGUGCAGCUACGGCUUCCCAAAGAGGAGAGAGCGAAAAUUGCAGAAGAAGCUGCAAACAAGCAAGCUACUCCUGUGAGGGAAGAAGAGAAUGCUACCACUCCAUUGGCUUCUCAAGUCGAUGGGCAACUAGUAAAACAACAAGAAGAUGCUGCCUCUACAUCGGCUUCAAGAGUCGAAUGCGUUGCCCCCGCCCCUGUGAUCAAGCUUGCUCAAGGGCUGAUGCAGCGUCCAGCAGAUGGUGGUGCUGAUGACGAUGGGAAGAAGAUGUGGAAAGUAAUCAAGGGCGUAUGGGUCAAGAUGCUCUGCUUCUCUGCAGGUAGAUGCAGGGGUUUCCUACACGCCAAGAACCUUGCCUACGGCGGGGAGUACCUCGCCUACGUGGCGCUCCUCAUGUCCAACGCGGGGCUGGAGACGUCCGCGGACAGGCAGCAGAGGAUGCCGCUCGGCCUUUCCAAGGAGGAGAGGCUGCAACGAGCAAAGAGGACCGCCGCAGGCGCGGCUGUUGUGAUCGAAGAAGAAAACUCUGCCGCCACUCCAUCGACGGCUUCGGCCCAAGGUGAAUGCACUACUGCCCCAGCUUUGGAGGUGGUGGUUGCUGAAGCAGUAUAA